AUGUUCAAAGUAGAAGACUACAUAUGGGGUGCAAGAACUCCAGGAGGGAUCCAGAUGUACAUCUGUGCUCUCUGUCCAUACACUACCUAUCUCAAGGCACAUGCACGAAUCCACAGGCGUGUCCAUACGCAAGAAAAGCCCUAUCAGUGCAAGACAUGCCACAAGAGCUUCAGCCAGAGCAGCCAUCUGUAUCGACAUAUGAGGAUGUCUCAUCAGAUUCAGCCAUGA